ACAGGAAUAGAAGCCUCGAAACGGAGACGGCAGAAGCAAGACGCAAGAAGUCAACACGACUCAACAGCAAAGUGCUGGCCUUUCUUUUUCAUUGUUAUAAAAAACUUUCCAUUGCCAAGACUUCCGAAACGGUUGUAAUUCAUCACGGAAAACCAUAGGCCUCGUUCGACUCUUCCUCCCUUUCACAAACUUUGUAUACAUGAUAUUUUGUUUUUUCUUUUCUCUUUUCAGAAAAGAGUUUCAAAUGAUCUCUCUCCCUCUCCGUUCCUUUUUAUUUCUUGUUGGACCUUUUCCUUCGUUUUAUAUUUUUAAUUAUCAUUAAUUUCUUCGAUUACUUGUGGGAACUAAUAAGAAGAAGAAGCGGCCGCAGCACUGCAGCAGCAUAAACAACCAAAACAACUAGCUCGGCAAUUUUUGGCUUCCAAUUGGACUGCUUGUGAAUUAGAGGAAGCUUUGUGAUUUUGGGUUGUGGGUGGGUGGUUUGUUUUGAAACUUGGAUUGGAGGUGACAAUAGGAGUGGGAUGUUCAAACAAAGAACUUGAAGGGGCUGUUGAGUAUUUUUUUUAUGGAUAUGUUAUGUUGUUUCACUGCUUCCUACUCUCAGCUUGUAGGAGUGCGUUCCUCAUCUAGCUCUGGUAAAGGAACAAGCCAUGAAGGGUUAAUAAAGUAUGGUUUCAGCCUGGUAAAAGGGAAAGCUGAUCAUCCAAUGGAAGAUUUUUGUGUUGCUAAAUUUAUGCAGUUUCAGGGACAUGAAUUAGGGCUGUUUGCCAUAUAUGAUGGCCAUUCGGGAGAUACAGUUCCUGCCUACCUACAGGAACAUCUAUUUUCCAAUAUCCUAAAGGAGGAAGAGUUUUGGGUUGACCCCCACAGAUCUAUUUUAAAAGCCUAUGAGAAGACAGACCAUGCAAUUCUCUCGCACAGUUCUGACUUGGGGCGGGGUGGGUCCACAGCUGUAACUGCAAUUUUGAUAAAUGGCCAAAGAUUAUGGAUAGCCAAUGUUGGAGAUUCUCGGGCAGUUCUCUCGAGAGGGGGCCAGGCAAUACAGAUGACUACGGACCAUGACCCCAAUGCUGAACGAGGCAACAUCGAGAACAAAGGUGGUUUUGUCUCAAACAUGCCAGGGGAUGUACCGAGAGUCAACGGACAGCUGGCAGUUUCUCGUGCUUUUGGAGACAAGAGCCUUAAAUCACAUUUGCGAUCUGACCCAGAUAUACAGAAUACUAUUAAAGAUAUGAAUACUGAUAUUCUGAUCCUUGCUAGUGAUGGUCUUUGGAAGGUGAUGGCCAAUCAAGAAGCAGUUGAUAUUGCAAGAAAGAUCAAAGACCCACAGAAGGCAGCUAAGCGAUUAACAGCAGAAGCAUUGAAAAGAGACAGCAAAGACGAUAUAUCUUGCGUUGUUGUUAGAUUUAGGGGGUAAGCCCCGUUAAAUCAAGGUUGCUCUUCAGGUGCAGUAUAUAUCUAUAAUAAGAGUUAUUUCACAAAAGAAUCUAUUUGCUAUCCUACUUAUUGACAUAUUAAAUACACCAAUGGUGUGGAAGCAUGUCAUAUCAGCUGGCAUAAAAAUAUUUGGGUAUUUUAAUUUUAAUUUUUUUUUAUUGUAACAAGUUUCGUAGUAAGUAGUGUGUUGGUGACCAAAUUCUUAUUCACUUUGACUAUGGUAGCGCUAGUAGACCAUAAUGUAUAUAUAACGUCAUGUUAGUUUGUGAAUUUAUUUUUAUAA